GAGAUACAUAUCAUCUACCCGUUCAUAUCAUACGUCUGAUACAUAUCUUAAAUGAUGUGCUAAAAUCUUCAUCUUCGCGAGGUUCUGCGAUAAGCUGAACCAGAAGUAUGGCCCGUGUCAUAAGGAGGGCUGCAUCAGCCUCGGUUAGGCAUGGUCCUGGCCGGGCUAUCCAAAGGAGAGCGAGAAGGCACAAAGUCAUUAUGGAAUCCGUGACCCAAGAAAAGAAAAAGCUUCGGAGUGUGAUCUGCUUUGAAGCCCAAGCACCAAGCGGUUACACCUUCAUUCCUGCAGGAAACCCGCAACUCACUACAACUUGUAAGGAGCGGUGUCGGGAAGAGGGUCUCCAAAUCCAUGCAGUAUCGACUACCCCACACCAUCGCCAUCAUAACCUUUCCCAGCAUGUUCAUCGGAUAGGAUAUCAUUUUCCUAGUACUGUCGUGGCAGCCGUUUGCUCAGAGCUGGGGUUCUACCUCACAAGUACUGGUAAAACAGUGCCUAGCACCUUUCCCACAGACAGGAUACAGAAUCCUGAGCAGGCUGAUUCUGAAAUUUCUCAAAUAACCCUCAACACAGAAGCACGGGACGCCUUAAAGGAUCUUUUCCCGAACAUACCAGACAAAGAUUUGAAUCAGAUCAUCAAGACCGCUUUUCAAAAGGGGGUUGUUGAACACACAACUCUAGCAAAAGUCAUUGAGUGGCGAGGGGACGAUGAGAAUGGCCAAACAGUGCUGGAAGAUGUUUUCCGCGAGGUAAUCGUUAUCUCAGACGAUGAAGACAGUGAAUCGGAAGAAGAUGCGGCUGCUUCAGCAGGGCAUCAAAACACCAGUGUGGAAAUACUUCCAAGCGAUACUCGGGCCCACGAGAUCCGGUAUCCACCUAUCAACAACACGAGCCCUCUUGGCCGGGAUCUUCCACGGGAACUAUCCGAGGAAGCGCCGCCUGGGUUCCGAUUUGUCACAAGAGCCCCCGCCACAGACACUAUCAACCGUCGUGGAUUUAACAGGUACAAAGCAUGGACUCGCGCUGUCAAGGAAUAUAGAGAGGGUAUACAGGGCGUUGAACAACCUAGGUUUUCUGUUGCCCCAGCUGAAAAGCAAAGCCCACGAUAUGCCGAGCAGCGCAUUACUGCUCAGGAAGGACCCGCUGCUAGGCGCCAGGAUAUAGUUCCCCAGCACGCCGAGGUUCAUCGGCGAGUCGCUCCAGGCUCAGCCAAUAAUGAUAACCAAGCACAUCGAGUGCCCGCUAUUCCACUAAUGGAUCGACAGGUGGCCAAGAGACAUGUAGGUGUCCAGGAGAACUAUCCUCCUUUGGACGCUCAACAAAAAUACUCCACCCAUGAACUGAACGCCAGGCCAACUGGACUAACUAAUCAGGAAUCACCCGAGUUGCAAAUCCUAGAAGAACUCUCAGGACCUAGAAUUGGGAACAUGACCCACUCGCAGGAUGUUCCUCCCCCCCAGGAUGGAGCCCAGAUUUCGACAGGAAAGACUGCCUCCUCAGUCGGACAGGACCAACGCACCUGUGUUUGUUCCAACACACAGGAUUCUAUCUUGCCCUCGAUUGAAAAUUCCCGACCAUCGGAAUGCCGGCGGACUGACGGUGCGCAUCCUUUGGUCCAUAUGACCAACAAAAUGUCCCUCCGAUCAGUCACACCGGGGCGCCCUAAAGGAGAGAUGAUGCACCACCCCGAUGGUAUCGAAAAGGAAGGUGACAGCGAACACCCGGCCAAAAGAAGGCGUUUAGCACAUCGUGAAGGUUCUCGGACUGAUCCCCGUCCAGACCCGUGGAGUGGGAGGCCUAUGGGGCUUCCUGUUUCCGAAGGAUUCGGGCCACAUUCUUAUCGUCGCGUUGAGCUUGUCACAGACCAUCGACUCCAGGACCAGUCUCAUUUCCGUCGGGAUUAUCAGCCAGUGGAGCCACCCCCUGUUGUAGGACACCAGCGGGAAAGGAACGCGAACUUGGUCUCUUGUUCCAACGUACAGCAUGGCCUAGAAACAAGGUCAGUCUUGGGUCGACAGCCCAUUGGCGGGCCGCACGAGCCUCAAUCCCAGGCCGGGCUUUCCAACAACAGUGCCAUUAUCUCGGAAGGGGAUCGCACCUUUAGAGCGGCUCCAGCCGUUUCUAAUUCUGGACCGUGGUAUCCUUACCACGGUGAUCGUAGUCUCCGUUCAGAUCGUGUUCCGAAAGACUCGCGGACAAUUCGGCACACCGGCAUUGAUGGUGGCCGCCCUUUACGAGAGAAUGUUCCCCCAGACAGAAACCUAUAUGCCGAGGACUUUGUCCGGCACGUUGACUACCGUGAGCCCCUUCCAUAUGAAUACGUCUCCAGGCGAACAGAACCCGAAGCCAAGCCCAUUGGAGACCCUUCCCCGUCCACCCGGACCAGAAAGCUUGAUUACAUUGGUACAAAGAAUCUGUCUCAGACCCAGGUUUUGUCUGAUAAACGUGGGCCAUUGCCCAUAGGACCGCGAGUGGCUCCUUCCCAUGACCACCUUCGCACCUUUUCAGACUCUGUCAUAGGAAAAACCCAGCCUCACGUGCCCCCCCUCAGGUCCCUCGUGAAAGACCAGCUAGUGGCGGGUUCAACUCCUCGCGACCACCCUACAGUUAUCCUCCCUCAUCCCACACUAUGGAACAAGAUCGUCCAGUCUACGUUCAAAGGGUUGAACCACGAUCACCCUACUAUUCCAUCCUUGAUGGAAGACACGUUGUUGUUGUUGAUUAAUUAA